AUGGCUGGGCUACGAUUCGCUGGUCUUGCCCCUGUGCUGGCCUUGUGCAGUUCGCUUGUUGGAACUGCCACGGCUGACAGCUUGGCGGACAUUGAUCAUGUCGUUCUAUUCAUGCAAGAAAACAGGGCGUUUGACCAUUAUUUUGGUACCAUGGCUGGUGUUCGUGGAUUCAGUGACGCAAACUUGCAAAUGAAUAAUGGUGUGCCUGUCUGGAAGCAGCUUACAACCAAGCAGCAAACUACUAAAACGGACUAUGUGACUCCAUGGUAUCUGAAUUACCUUGGCGGCAAUUGGUCUGAAGCCACCCAGUGCAUGAACGCUGGCAGCAACGGCUGGUUUGAAAACCAUGCCGCCUGGAACUUUGGCACAAAUGAUCACUGGGCAAUGAAUAACACUCCCUGGAGUAUUGGAUUCUAUAAGAAGCAAGACCUUCCCACCCAGUGGGCUCUCGCAGAGAACUGGGUUAUUGGCGACAUGUAUCAGGAAUCUGUUGUUGCCUCCACAAACCCAAACCGUGUCAGCUGGAUUUCGGGCUCAAUUAAUGUUCCUGGCUCACCACAGAAGCCAGAUCAGGGCGGCAACCCGUACAUUGACAAUAACGAGACUCCUGGCUGUGAAAGCGGUGGCGUUAAUUGCUUUCCCCUGAAGUGGAAAACCGCUGCCGAGUAUUACCAGGAUGCAGGCGUUACUUGGAACGUGUUCCAAGAUGCGGACAACUUUGAUGACAACCCAUAUGCCUGGUUUGACCAAUUCCGCAAGGCCAAGAGUGGCUCUGCUCUGUACGACCACGGCAUGAAAGGUACUUCUCUCGCCUCAUUCUAUGACCAAGCUGCGAAAGGUACUUUACCUGAAGUGUCCUACAUUGUUGGCCCCAUGCAGCUUUCAGAGCACCCCCCAUAUUCGCCUCACGAUGGCGCCUGGCUACAAGAUGCCAUUACACGCGCUGUUCUCAACUCGCCAAAAUAUAACAAGACAGCACUCAUCGUUUCGUAUGAUGAGACAGGUGGUUGGUUUGAUCAUGUUAACCCUUAUCAUUCACCUGAUGGCACUCCUGGCGAGUGGCUCAAUGAUCCUGCUGGCCAAGUUGGGCAUACCUUUGCCGGCCCUGGCUUUAGACUACCCUUUUAUAUCAUUUCCCCUUGGACUCGAAAUGGCGGCGUGUAUACCGAACACGCUGACCACAACUCUCAAAUCAAGUUCAUUGAGAAGUGGCAGGCUGCCAAGGGAAAGAACGUUCAAACUAGUGAGAUGGUCCCUUGGCGCCGUGAGAACAUGGGCGACCUCGUCAAUGCCUUCGACUUCAGCAACCCAGACUACAGCAUUCCCAACCUACCAGUCGCCCCGAAGCCCCAUGUGAACUCCAAGGGACAGUACGAUGGUUCCUCAUACUGCCAGUCCAGAUUCUCAACCACACGGCCUCCUGUUCCAUACACCGGUGAUGGUGUCAUUGAGGAUUUGACUACUGUGGUCGAACACGGUUUCAAGGUUAUCCGUGGAGGACUGACCGAAGGUCGGUACCUUGUGUUGGAGACAAACGGCUAUUCCUUGACCAAUGCAGGGUGCAAGAAUACCAAAAACGCAAGUGUAACAAAGAGCACCCCUAACCACGAAAAGAUCGCACACAGGUGGAUCGCGCAUGCUGCCCAAAUUGGAGGGGACAUUUUCACAUUACAGAGUGCAAGCAACAAGCAAUAUCUUUGCAAGGAUGGCAGUCUUUGCGCGGACGCCAAGAGUGCGGAAUCCUUUACGGUGCAGUUCACUGCCGGCAGGGGUUACAGCUGGAAGCAGCAGCAAGGAGGGAAGUAUUUGUCUGGAGAGGGUGCGAAAUUAGGCUUCACCGGCAGUGCUGCUUACUGGAAGAUAUAUAGUGUUAGUUACUAA